UAUAAACAUACGAUUUUUUUAUAAAACAAACCCCACGCAGGAUAAAACAAAACAAUCGCUCGCAAUGCACAGAUAUACAAGAUUGUUUUUCUUUCUUGCUUGUUGAAUCUUCUGUGUGGAUGAUAUAUGAAAAGAUUUGUAUUUGCUUGUUUCAUAUUGAGGGUAACAUCCUGACUAUUGAAAAUGAGCAAAACAAUAAAUAAAACGUCGUUUGCAGACGUUUUCAUGCAGUUCCAAAUUGAGGUAAAAAGAAAAGAGAUUCAAGAUUACAAAGAAGAAAAGUACCAGCUGGAAGACAAAAACCAACGCCUGAUGAAGCUGGUAUACAUUGAUGCUCAGGCACAAAUAUUCAUACGGCACAUUUAUUCUUUACAAUUUUCCUAUGAGAAUAACAAUAAAUUCAUGUAUCAACAGCAGAAGCAGCUGAAAGAGGAGCAGCAUGGUUACGUAUGUGAACUGCAUAAACAGAUGAAGGAGCAUGACAGGAACCUGGAGAAGAAGGAGCUGUGGAAUAAGGAGCAGGUGGAGUACGCCGUCCAGGAAAACCUCAAGCUGAAACACAAGCAAGAGAAUGAACUAAAAGACCUGCGCUGUAAGGUGGCGAGAAUGCAGGUGCAGGUGAAAGAUCUUCUGGAUGAGAGGCUGGUAUGGCUGCAGUUUAAAAAGACAGAAAGCGUGGAAAACCAACAAAGAAUCCAAAAAUUGGAUACGCAUAUUGUCGCUUCAGAAAGGACAUACAAGGAAAUGUCAGAGUAUUUUCAGAGAUCUCUGGCUUUGGCUUGUGAAGAGAUUGACAGAAAGGCAGCACAGCGCUCUGAUGAAAUAAUAAAGCUUUCUGAAAAGAGAGCAAAUGAAAACCUUGACUGUGAUGGUAAAAAAGAGCUCAAAGACAAUGAAUGGCUUAAAAAAGAGGUUGCCAACUAUGUUAGGAAGAUCUCAGAGUUGGAAUCCACUGUCCAGAAAUUGGAAUUGGAAAACUUAAAACACGUAAAUACGCUUUUAAACCACCCCUCACAUGAUCGCCAGAUCAGAAAAACAUUUGGAUUCUCUGACAUGCACAGUGUGAGCGAGACCCUUACGCAGAUAAGCCGUGAGAAGUCACCAGAGAUGGUCGAUACACUUUCAUGUCCCCUUCGACCUUUGGAGGAAGCUGAGGGAGCUAUCCGGGAAAGAGAUGUGACCCCUACUACUCCACCUGACCUUAGAGAAAUACACACGGGACCAAUACAUCUGGACUCAUUGAAGCAGAAGCUACUGUGUGUGGUAGGUGAGGCCGUUCCUCUGCGCCAGCCUCAAUCUGAACCCACGGAUGAGAACGAGGAGAUGGACCCAAGCCCAUCCCCAACUAGAGAGUCGGUGCUCACCAUAGCAACCAUCCUGAAGAAACUUCAGCAGUUACAUGUAUCAACUGGAGGAUCCGACGAGUAAAUUAUACCUGCUUCACACGAGUGUUUACAAUUCUCUGUUUUGUGAAACUGCAAUCUUUGGAUAAAAAUUAUGAAUUUAA